CUAGACCCUAACGGGGCUGAGGGACUUUUUAACAGCGAUCCGGGACUGCGGGCUGUGAUAAGAAAAUCGGCACUGUCCCGGAAAAAGAGGGGCUGUUGGGCGGUGGUGGGUGGCGUGAUGCUUACACUGGCAAGCAAGUUGAAGCGGGACGAUGGUGUUAAAGGAAGUAGAACAUCUAGCACAACCUCUGAUUCAACACGCAGAGUGUCUGUUCGUGACAGAUUACUUGUAAAAGAAGUAGCAGAGUUGGAGGCAAAUUUGCCAUGUACCUGUAAAGUAAAUUUUCCCGAUCCCAACAAGCUGCAUUACUUCCAUCUGACUGUGAGCCCAGAUGAAAGCUAUUACCAAGGAGGGAGAUUCCAGUUUGAAAUUGAAGUUCCAGAUGCCUAUAACAUGGUGCCUCCAAAGGUGAAAUGUUUGACAAGGAUCUGGCAUCCCAACAUCACCGAGACAGGAGAAAUUUGUUUAAGUUUGCUGAGGGAGCAUUCAAUUGAUGGAACGGGUUGGGCUCCAACAAGAACUUUAAAGGAUGUUGUGUGGGGAUUGAACUCCUUGUUUACAGAUCUAUUAAAUUUUGAUGACCCGUUAAACAUUGAGGCAGCAGAGCAUCACUUGAGAGAUAAGGAUGAAUAUCGGAAUAAAGUUGAGGAUUACAUCAAGCGUUAUGCCAGAUGAUGUCACUGACCUUGCAUUGAAGCUCGGAUCCCUAUUAUGGAGAGACAGCCCACCAGCCUCUGUAGAGUCUCCAGAGCUGGAUAGGGGAGGAAACUGGAGACCCCCUGGACACGUUCUGCGUCUUCCUCCCCCCAAAGACUGAAAUAAACACUUUAUACCUCCAGCUCCUGCACUCCUUUCCCAGCUCACUGCCACCGGGACCUGAAAAUACAACUUUUCCCGUACCCCUCUAUUGGUUUGGCUUCUGAUGUGUGUGCUUUCUCAAGAGGGGCAUCAUAGUUUUGUAUUGUCUUUAAUCUGCAAUAAGUUACAAAAAGAAAAAUCUUAAAAAAUGAGUUUUGCUUGAAAUAAAAUAUGAGAAUAAGAAAGUUUCCAGCACUGCAUAAACUGCAGGCCCUGCAUUGAGCCUCCAUACCAGGUUCAUCGGCGUCAGCCAGUCACUUUAACAUUGGAUGGAGCCUAACUCUGCCCGUCCUGCUAACAAACAAAGCUGUUAUAUAAGGAAUUUGAUCAUUUUAGAUAUUUUGGGUCAAGUUGUCCUAAAUUUGCAGUACAAGACUUCUUUGGACCUACUCAAACCAAGUCAUACGACUAAGUCUAAGCCCUACCAUGCCCCUCUCCUGUGAAACCAAUUAGGGCGUUAGAGACUGAGCGCACAGAGGGAGAUGGGAGCUAGACACCAAAUUAACAUAACAAACCUCACCAAACAGCAGAUAACCUCCGCGCUAUUAUACAGCCUUUAUUGUGGGGGUGUGGCUCUAUAACAUAUGGAAUUGUGCAUAUUCCAGUAUAUGCCGGCUGCUUUCAAAUAAACAUGAAAAUAUGUUUUAACCUUAAGAAAGCCACAUGUUCUCUUGGAAAUUGUAUUCGCACCCUGAAAUGUACUAUAUGAGUAAUAUAAAUAUAUGAAUAUGAUCUAUCUUUG